UGAAUAACCAACAUGACUCCGACGCCACCGGCAUCUGCAGCGUCAAAGCAGACGAUCGAAGAGUCGUUCCGCGGUGCAUCGACGAGGCCAGCCUAUGACACGUACCGGAAACAGUUUGAGUCCUUUCUCCAACCUCACAAAGGAGGCAUUGCACUUGAGACCGCCAGUACAGACGACUGUACCGACUUCUUCCACCACUUAUACACGAACGGUAAAAAGGCAAGGACGAUCGACGUUGCCAAAUCCGCAUUGGCCGCUCAUUUCAACAACACACGCAUCAACCCCAACCCGGCGCAAGACGCGAAUGCCCGUCGGUACCUCGUUGGCCUACAAAAGUUCAACAAGAAGAAAAACGUCGACGAAGAAAAACAGGCCCACCCACUGACGGUUCAAGAGCUGUCUACUCUCAUGAACGGACUCGCCGGGAUGCACCCUUUUGUUGGUUCAUUGCUCCGACUGUUGCUUGCCGUUGGUUUCCCGGGCUGCUUCCGAAUCAGCGAGGUUCUCAACCUCCGCUACAACGACGUUCAACUUGUGUCUGAAGGCAGCGGCCGGUACCUGUCUGUGCGAAUCCGGUGGCACAAGAAGGCAAAUGUGGAAGAAGACUGAAAAAUCUACCAUCUCGUCGACGAGACAACGUAUCCAUGCCUGCGCGUGUGCACAUUUCAUGAGGAGUACCUGUCAACACUGCGUGCUUCCGGUGCCAAUCUGUCCAGCACUACCUUCGUGUUUCCCAACUUCGUCUUUCAGCAUGGCGAUGUCCCUCAUGUGGACUGGCAGCGCCCGCUGGAGCAGAAGGUCUUGCGAAAGGUGCUCAGCGACGUUGUCGAAAUGACACCGAACCUACCGAUUGGAAUAUCAC